UUUCCUCUUUCCUGAACGCACCGACACGCCGCCCACGUGCCUCUGAGCCAGGCUGCGCCAGAAGGCCGGGUUGUAGCGAGAGAAGUGCUGCAGCACCACGCUGAAGCCUCGCCACAGGGGGCGGGACCUAUCCAACAGGUGUCUGAAGUGUACGCAGGUGAGACGCAGAUUGAGUUUGUCUUUCCAGGACAGGAAACUGAACACCUGCAGCCACAGCUCUUCAGGAAGCAGCAGCGGCGCCAUCGCCUCCGUAUCCACCAAAGUCAAAGUCAAGGCUUCGAAGUGCAGUCCAUAAAGCAACAGGAAGUUCUCGGAAAAUGAGAGACAACGCGGUGGACUGGCACAACCUGAUGCUACGCUGGGAGGGCCUGAACGAUCACGGAUUCAACGCCGCCAGCAACAUCAUCAAUAUCCGCCGUUUUCAGAGUGAUCAGCGGCUGCUGCCGGACGAGUCAGCUCCUCCUCCUCCUCCGUCAUCUGAAGCUGCAGAUCUGCAGGACGAGUGCUGCAAGCUGCAGGAGGUCGUCAACAAAAUGGUUGUCGUGGUAACGAAGAUGGAGCGCCUGAUGACAUCACAGCGUGGCAUUCAGGAUUUGGAGGAGUUUCAGUUCGGACCUGAAGGAAGAAAACUUCCUCUCUUUCACAGCUGGAGCUUCAAACAAUUUGAACAGGUUUCCGGUCUCCUUCUGGACUCCUUCAGGCAGGAACUGGAUCUGAAGAAGAGGAUCCUACAGGAAGUGGCUCACACUGCGACUCCUGACCUCUGCAUUGUGUUCCUGUCUUGCUGGCUGCAGCAGCCAUACCUGACCCCCCACUGCCGUCUGAACCUGGAGGCCCUGCUGCUGGAGACCGGACACCGGGCCCUCUGAGAACCAGGUUCUACCUUUUUUUUCUGAGUCUGGAGACUGGGAACAGGGCCCUCUGAAAACCAGAUUUUACUGACCGUUUCUGAGUCUGGAGACCGGACACCGGCCCUCUGAAAACCAGGUUUUACUGACCGUUUCUGAGUCUGGAGACCGGACACCGGGCCCUCUGAAAACCAGGUUUUACUGACCGUUUCUGAGUCUGGAGACCGGACACCGGGCCCUCUGAAAACCAGAUUUUACUGACCGUUUCUGAGUCUGGAGACCGGACACCGGGCCCUCUGAAAACCAGGUUCUACUGAAUGUUUUUGACCCUCCUGGUUCAGAUCUGAGGUUCCUCCUGGUUCAGAUCUGUGGUUCAUCCUGGUUCAGAACUUCUUUGUGUCCUGUGUAAAGUGCUGGUAAAACAGAAGUGUGUUUAAAUUC